AGUUUCGGUUUCCUAGCGCCAGCAGGCUAGGCAGCUUUUUCAUCGGGACUCCUUGGAAAGUCCCCACCACGUUCAUCUCUGGCGGAUUUGGGGGAGCCAGGGCGCUCAUAGAUCGCCUGGAGCCACAGAAUGACAGCGGAGCAGCGGCAGAAUCUGCAAGCAUUCAGAGACUAUAUCAAGAAGAUUCUGGACCCCACCUACAUCCUCAGCUACAUGAGUUCCUGGCUCGAGGAUGAGGAGGUGCAGUACAUUCAGGCUGAGAAGAACAACAAGGGCCCAAUGGAAGCCGCCUCACUGUUCCUCCAGUACCUGUUGAAGCUACAGUCAGAGGGCUGGUUCCAGGCCUUUUUGGAUGCCCUGUACCAUGCAGGUUACUGUGGACUUUGUGACGCCAUCGAAAGUUGGGACUUUUCAAAAAUUGAAAAGUUAGAGGAACACAGAUUACUUUUAAGACGUUUAGAACCAGGAUUUAAGGCCACAGUUGAUCCAAAUGAUAUCCUUCCUGAAAUAUCUGAAUGUUUGAUUAAUCAGGAAUGUGAAGAAAUCAGACAGAUCUGCGACACUAAAGGGAGAAUGGCAGGUGCGGAGAAGAUGGCCGAAUGUCUUAUCAGAUCCGACAAGGAGAACUGGCCAAAGGUCUUGAAACUUGCUUUGGAGAAAGACAACAGCAAGUUUAGUGAACUGUGGAUUGUUGAUAAAGGUUUCAAAAGGGCUGAAAGCAAGGCUGAUGAAGAUGAUGGAGCGGAGGCGUCCAGCAUCGAGAUUUUCAUUCAGGAAGAGCCAGAGUGUCAGAAUCUCAGUCAGAAUCCCGGGCCUCCUUCAGAAGCGUCUUCUAAUAAUUUACACAGCCCAUUGAAACCAAGAAAUUACCAACUGGAGCUUGCCCUGCCUGCCAAGAAAGGGAAAAAUACAAUAAUAUGUGCCCCUACUGGUUGUGGAAAAACCUUUGUGUCGCUUCUUAUAUGUGAACAUCAUCUUAAAAAAUUCCCAUGUGGACAAAAAGGGAAGGUGGUCUUCUUUGCCAACCAAAUUCCCGUCUAUGAACAGCAGGCAACUGUGUUCUCACGAUAUUUUGAAAGACUUGGGUACAACAUUGCAAGCAUUUCCGGGGCAACAUCUGAUAGCGUCUCAGUGCAGCACAUCAUUGAAGACAAUGACAUCAUCAUCCUAACACCCCAGAUUCUUGUGAACAAUCUCAACAACGGAGCCAUCCCCUCGUUGUCUGUCUUCACUCUGAUGAUAUUUGAUGAGUGUCAUAACACUAGCAAAAACCACCCAUACAAUCAGAUCAUGUUCAGAUACCUAGACCACAAACUUGGAGAGUCACGGGACCCACUGCCUCAGGUCGUUGGGCUGACUGCCUCCGUCGGCGUUGGAGAUGCUAAGACCGCGCAGGAAGCCAUGCAACACAUCUGCAAACUCUGUGCCGCCCUUGAUGCCUCCAUGAUUGCCACAGUCAGAGACAACGUAGCAGAACUGGAACAGGUCGUUUAUAAGCCCCAGAAAAUUUCCAGGAAAGUGGCAUCCCGGACUUCGAACACGUUUAAAUGCAUCAUCUCUCAGCUGAUGAAGGAGACAGAGAAGCUGGCCAAGGGUGUCUCCGAGGAACUUGGAAAGCUUUUUCAAAUUCAAAACAGAGAAUUCGGCACCCAGAAAUAUGAACAGUGGAUUGUGGGCGUCCACAAAGCAUGCUCAGUGUUUCAGAUGGCAGACAAAGAGGAGGAGAGCCGGGUCUGCAAAGCGCUCUUCCUGUACACAUCACAUUUGCGGAAAUACAACGAUGCACUCAUCAUCAGUGAGGAUGCACAGAUGACAGACGCUCUAAAUUACCUCAAAGCCUUCUUCCACGAUGUCCGAGAAGCAGCAUUCGAUGAGACGGAGCAAGAGCUUACUCGGAGGUUUGAAGAAAAACUAGAGGAAUUAGAAAAAGUUUCCAGGGAUCCCAGCAACGAGAAUCCUAAACUAAGAGACCUCUACUUGGUCUUACAAGAAGAGUACCACUUAAAGCCAGAGACCAAGACCAUUCUCUUCGUGAAGACCAGAGCACUGGUGGAUGCUCUGAAGAAAUGGAUUGAAGAAAAUCCUGCACUAAGCUUUCUAAAGCCUGGCAUACUGACUGGGCGUGGCAGAACAAACCAGGCAACAGGAAUGACGCUCCCGGCACAGAAGUGUGUGCUGGAGGCAUUCAGAGCCAGCAGAGAUAACAAUAUUCUGAUUGCUACCUCGGUCGCUGAUGAAGGCAUUGACAUUGCUGAGUGCAAUCUUGUCAUCCUGUAUGAGUACGUGGGCAACGUCAUCAAGAUGAUCCAAACCAGAGGCCGAGGAAGAGCACGAGAUAGCAAGUGCUUCCUCCUGACUAGCAGCGUUGAUGUGAUUGAAAAAGAAAAGGCGAACAUGAUCAAGGAAAAAAUAAUGAAUGAAUCCAUUUUAAGACUGCAGACAUGGGAUGAAAUGAAAUUUGAAAAGACGGUUCACCACAUACAGUUGAAUGAAAAACUCCUCAGAGAUAGUCAACACAAACCACAACCUGUCCCUGACAAAGAAAACAAGAAACUGCUGUGUGGAAAGUGCAAGAAUUUUGCGUGCUACACAGCUGACAUUCGAGUGGUUGAGACGUCCCACUACACUGUACUUGGAGAUACUUUUAAGGAGCGCUUUGUGUGUAAGCCACACCCUAAACCAAAGAUCUAUGACAAUUUUGAGAAGAAAGCAAAAAUAUUCUGUGCCAAACAGAACUGUAGCCACGACUGGGGAAUUUUUGUGAGAUACAAGACGUUCGAGAUUCCAGUCAUAAAAAUUGAAAGUUUCGUUGUGGAAGAUAUUGUGAGCGGAGUUCAGAACCGGCACUCAAAGUGGAAGGACUUUCAUUUUGAAAGGAUACAGUUCGAUCCUGCAGAAAUGUCCGUAUGAUCUCGGGCUUCUCAGUCUCAUGCUACAGGGAGCCAUGCCUUAAGCGUGGAAUUAAUGAGCCAAUCCUUUCUUACCCAAGCCUGCACUGUGUUGAAUGCCAGAUAACCUGACUGGUUGGUUUCAAGCUGUUUCUGUCCACACAAAGCACACACGCCUGAACUGCAGCGCCGAAUAGUUUCUUCACCAAUAACUCAUAGCAUAGAACUUGGCCAUGGUGGGGAGGGGUUAAACUUUUCCCUUUUACACUUUUCAGAACUGCCCGCCAGGGAACAUGCAGCCACUCGGUACACCGAGAAGCAUGAUGGCUGGCGUGCUGGGAGGGUUCCCAUUCUUCUCUGUUUGCUCGACCUGCUGGAAGCUGCCUUUUGCCCUUAAUGACAGUGCCCUUAAGAACAGUGACUUGGUUCUUUUUCAGGCCACCAGACUGACUGCCAGAUCCCUGCUGUCCCUUCUGUCCCUUGCAUUGACUCCUUUCCGGAUUUGGCCCUGCCACCCUGUCACCCUUUGCAGAGUCUCCUGGUUUCUGUCUCUUCCCUGUCUUUUCUAUUUGGUUUCUUUGCUGACUCAAAUUUGGUAGUUGCAAGGUUCAGUAUGCACACAUAUAUAUUUAAAAUGACAUAUACUUUUAAAAUGUAAAAGACUAUAGUUGACAGCUAUGCUUACUGAGACAGUAUUUCUGUUCUGUUCAUUACUAUACAUCUUACCCUUGCUCUCAUCUGCUCUUUUAACUUGGGCCAUUUCCCGUCUUUGAAUAGACAUCUCAAACCCUGUCUGUAUGUCUGUCUGUUCCCCACCUGUUAGAGACAGGGUCUCUCUGUAGACCAGAAACUCGAUAUGUAGACUAUGCUGGCCUUGAACUCACAGAUCCCCCUGCCUCUCAAGUGUUGAAAUUAAAAUCUUUCACCAUGCCUGGCUCUAGCUAUUUUCAAUAAAGGCUGAUGUUUAAAGUUUGAA